CCUCUUCUCCGCGCAGUUAAGCCAGUUUCUUGACUUUCAAGUCCCCUCUCUGCUUCUGGAAUUGAAAGUCCAGAGGACAUUUGGGGAUCGAGGUUUAUUCUGACCACUGAGAUUUCUUCCCCAGGGAAGUCAGGUUAGGAACUCUGACCUUCAAGGGAGGGCGCCCUUUUCCUUCUCCCGGAGAGCCAGAGCCACAGCGCAGAAAGGGCGGAGAAAGGCUGUAGUUGAGUGGAAGACUGUGAUCACAGAAAGAGGGUUGAGGAGCUGAGCCAGGCUAUGGAAGAAGUUCUUCCGCCCCAACUUUUGAAAAUAACUGAGACGGAGGAGGAAAGAAGCAGGAGGUCCUUGGAAGCUGACUGCCAGCUAGUUAUCUCCCAGCGCAUAGAAGCCUUGACUUAACGCACCACAGGCUGAGCUUGGUAUACUAUGUAUGCACUCAUAGCGGGGCGUGGGUGUGCUGAAGCCCUAGAUUACCCAUCGUUUUACCCCUUAGCCGCCUCAGCUGCCUGGGGUUAGGCUAACAAUCAAACCUCUCAGCCCCAACUUGGGAGUCAGCUCCAUCCGCGCAGCAGGGAGUCUACGAAAUAGAUGCGCAGCUCUAUAAGUUGAAGGGCGAGGGACGAGCUUUGCACCUCGGCUGGACCUCUCUGCCUAGGGCAGGAGAAAGGGGGCAACUUGGCGAGGAAAAGGAGAGACGCAAAACUAGAAUUUCUAACGUCGCCCUGUCUGUGGAUCCCAGCCUGGGAAUCCAUACUAGCACCAUCCUUGCAGAUAGAGUGGGAGGAACGAAAAGAAGAGGAUGUGGUGCUUCUGUAUGUGAGAAGUCCUGUUUAGAGGGAGGAACUAGAAGGAGCGGACCAGAGAGCUUCUGCAUUCAAGAGAAGCCUAGUUUGAGUGGGGUUUGGGGGAGGGAAGGCUGCUGCUGAGGUUCACCCCGCCCUCCAGCCAGCAGUUGAGAAACCACGGGACAGGGACCGGGAGGGUGCUGAAAGAGGAGGUGUAUAACACAGACACAUCAGGGAGACUGUGCAUCUGUCUGGCUGAAGGAUCCUCCUUCUCAACAUGGUACUACGUGUUAACAAGCAAACAAGGAGAAAAUAGUAAAUAGAGAUGCACGAAGCCACAGAAGAAAGAGGACGAACGGGACUGAAUCAAGCAGAAGAGAAACUGAAGGAAAGGGAGGACUAACUAACCUCGUGGCUUCCAAAGAGAGCCCCAGAAUCGCUUGUAGCAAAGAGGGGCUGUGAUUAAACCCUUUCUCAGUCACUCAUCCUCAAGCCAGUGUCAGAAGCUCGCCUGCUCGGAAGGAACCAGCAGCAAUACCAAUAGAUCACAGUCUCUGAACUACGACUGUCGUUUGCGGGGGUUGAAUUUUCUUGCUUUAAAAAAUUUCUAAUAGUUUUUUUGUUUGUUUGUUUUUUUAAAGGUGUCUGCUAUUUUUCCCGAUUCCAGCUCCGUGCUAUUCGGUCUUUAGCUUCGCAGAUUGUUGAUUUCUCUUCUCCCCACCCCCUUCCACUGGGGAAAGAAAAGGAUCAAAACUUCUAAGUAUUCUUAUCGUUGGGUUUGUAGAUUAUACUCUCCCCUUUCUUCUUGCUGUGUGUUGUAAAAGUAGUGAGUACUAUGUGCACCAACAUAGUUUACGAAUGGCUGAAAGCCCUGCAGCUCUCUCAGUACGCGGAGUCCUUCGUAGAUAAUGGCUAUGAUGACCUGGAGGUCUGCAAACAGAUCGGGGACCCUGACCUGGACGCCAUCGGGGUCUUGGCGCCCCAGCACCGGCGCCGGAUCCACGAUGCGGUAAGGAGGCUGCGGGAGCAGGACGCCAACGCCGCCGGCCUCUACUUCACCCUGGAGCCUCAACAGCUGCAGCCUCAGCAGCAGCAGCCUGGUCCCCCUUCGCCUGAAAUCUACACCAGCCACCUGGUGGAGCAAUAUGAGGGUCAGGCUUGGAGGGAGUCUCAGCCUGGCCAGACCCAAGGAACCAAGGGGGCCUCCUCAAGGAACCAGAAAGCCGGAUCCCGCAGCAAGGAACUGGUGACUUACCCCAAACUCAAACUGAAAAUCAUGAUCAGGGAUAAACUCGUUCGGGAUGGAAUCAACUUAAGCAAACCCCCGUACUCCAAUAAGGUCCCAAUGGCUGGCAUCCUAGAGUACUUAAUGAAUUGGCCGAAGUCAUCACAGAACCGCUAGAUAUCAUUUUUUCGAACUCGUGGAGGACUGGUGAGGUGCCUGAAGACUGGAAAAGGGCACAGAUUGUGCCUUUCUUUCAAAAGGGAAAAAUGGAUGAUGAUCCUGGAAAAAAUACUCAUCAGCCAAACUUUUAUUCUUGGAAAAAUUCUGGACUAAUCAACUUUGUAUAACUGGGUGCUAAUUUCUAAAAAGCAAGAAACAAAAAGACAACAAAACAUCUAAGUACUUAUUUAGGCAAUUUUUGCCACCCAGUUCUGCAAACUCUUGACUGUAUAAAAGGGAAUAGGUUAAAUGAAUGGACUCAAUUGAUGUUAGUUAAGGUUUUAGAAAAAAAUAGCUUAUUAAUCAUAGUAAACAGAAUAGGUUCUUAGUACUAGAGUGUAAUUAGAUGAUUCUACUUUAGUUAUUUUGUCUUUUUGCAUAAAACACUUUUUUUUCCUCCAUAAAGGACAAUAUAAAAGCAUAUUCCAGGAAGGGAGAAUAACCAGAUCCAAGGUGCAAAGGAGAAAAUGACUAAGACCUGUGUACAUUGUGGUGUAAGUGCAAGACUGCUGGCCUUGGCAUUUGGAGACCUGAAUUUGUGUUCCAGUGCUGACUUAUUAGCUGUGUGGGUAACUAUAGAAAGUCUUUCUGAGCCUUAAUUUCUUCCUCUAGAAAAUGAGCAUAGUGAUACUUACACUACCUAUUUCAUAAGGAUGUUUUGAGUACAGUGCUUUCUACAACAUAAACUGCUAAAGAAAAGUUUUAGUGGAUGUGCAGGGGAAUAGAAAGGAAUUUCAUUCUGGCCAUCAUAGAGGGGCCAGAUUAUUGAAUGAUAAAAAAUGUAAAAGAAAUUCAAUUACUAACUGGCAGUAGGAUUUGGGGGGCAAAUCUCUUCCCCUCUCUAUGCCCUAAUUUUCUCCUUUUUGAAGUCAGAAAGUUGAGCUAGAUAAUAUCAAUAGAUCAUAUAUAGCUAAAGGCUCCUGUACUAUAUAUAAAGUAUUGUCAGAUGAGGAAAUUGAGCCCCAGAAAUAUUCAGUAACUUUCUUCAGGUCACUAAGAUCCCUUGCAAUUCUUAUAUUCUAUAAUGCUAAGUAGUCACUUUUUGUGUUGUACUCUUGUAUAGUGAAUAGUGUAGUGAAAGCAGCAGAUUAAAGAUGCUUUGGUAAGAGGAGACAUUUCCUGUCGACUUCUGUCAUUUCAGACAGAUGAGAUCCACUGGUCAGGCUUACUGUACUCAUCUGACUGGAGAGCAAGAAUUAAUUAUUCUGUGCUUGAUCUAUCCCACUUACCCAUUCACCUUUUGGGGUAGAAGCCAGAAAUUUGAGCUCUCUCUCCUACUCCUUCCUAAGUCAUACUCCCUUUCCCUUGGCUUCUGAUUGAAGACCCAUACUUCUGGUUCAAUUCUCUUGUCCUGAGCCUUAGCUCUUCUUCUGCAGUCUCCUGAUGUGGCAGUUAUUUGCGCUAACACUCACCCUGCUUUUAUGGUGGGUGGCCCUUGGAUGUGACUGGUGGUUCAGGAUAGAGCAUUGGACCUGGAUUCAGGAAGACUUAAGUUCAAUUCUGGACUCAGAAAUUUAAUAGCUCUGCGAAUAUGGGCAAGUCAUUUAACCUCUGUUUGCCUUAAUCUACUGGAGAAGGAAAUGGAAAACCACUCCAAUAUCUUUGCCAAAAAGACUUCAUGGACAGACAGUAUUGGCAUGCAUGGAUCCAUGAAAAGUCAUACACAAUUGAAUGACUGAACAAGAACAUCAGAAGGCCAAAGAUGCUAAUAAAUGAUGGUGACAAAAUCUAGGAAAAAGAUGCUCCUAUAGUUUGCAUACUCAUCUUCAAUACCCUUCAGUUCAGAAUUUUUUAGAAAUGGAUAAUAGGUACAAACUCAUAUUAGCACUGGGAUAAAACAGAAGGGACUAAGAGAAGGAAUAGAUAGAACACACUUGUGGCAUCAAGGAAUGGGUUGGAUUAGAAGACCUCUCAGAUUCUUUCUAGCUCUGACCUCUCUUGCUUUUAAGAUCAGAGAAAAGAGAGAGGAAAAGAACUGUAUGCAACUGUCCCAAUUCUCCACAGUGCCUUUUGCUCCGUAGGAAUCAGUUGAGCAUAAAGAAAAGCACAGUAUCUUUCAAGCCACUAGGAUAGCUUUGAGUUCAUUACUGCUACUGUAACCUAAUUGCUUAAAAUAAUUUAGUUUCAGGGAAUAUUAGAUACUUGGAGAAAUCAUACUCAUUGUUGUUAUUUUUUCCUAAAAUAGAAAUAUAAUGAACUUAAAUACUUUAAAAUUUUGAACCUAGUCCUUCAGAGAAGUCAUAUAUAAGUGUUGUCUUCAAUCCUUUAUGAUUUUUUCACAAAUUAAUUAGAAUUUUUGCAUUUGGGAGGAUAGUUUUUUCCUCCAAGGGAUGAAUUUGAUAUUUACUUGGACCAGAAACAGAAUUUAUUGUAACUAUGAAUGAGUUCUUUUUUGACAUCUCCAAUUUCCUAACUGAAUUUUGUCUAGACCUCUUCUUAGUCCUAUGAAAUUCUCUUUUGUAUCAUACAUAUUUGUAACCAUAUAUUUCCUUCCCCCAUCAAACUGUAAGCUCUUUAGGGGCAGGGAUCAUGGUGUUUUUCAGUUUUAUGUUCCUAGUGUUUAUUACAGUGUCUCUUGGUGUUUAAUAAAGGUCUGUUGAAUUGG